GGUAUACUAAUUGUAAAUUUGCCCAACUGCUAAGACAGACAGGCAAACUCAAGUUCUCCAGGCUUCUCUCUGUGUGUCACUUGUUGGAAAACAAAGUAAAAUAAGAGGAAAAAAAAGAUGUAUUGAAAAAGCAAGCGCCUUUACCAAGGUAUGUGUUUGAUAUGCAAAGAUUUUAAGGACUUUCACAGGCAUGCUGUACAAAGAGACCAUGUUACAUCACAUGAGGAAGCAGUAAAAGUAAAUAUUAAAGUUAAGUGAACAGUACCUGUAAAAGCUCAUUUAGAGAAGGAUGAAGACCAUUUUGGAAGAAGAAAAACAUUAAGAAUUGCAGCAAACAAGGUGUUUCAGGAUGAUUUUAUUAUAUCAAAUGGUACAUUUCAUUUUAUUUGCCUCAGUUUCUGGUGAAUGUAUGACCAAGCUGUUCCAAGAUACCUACUUUCAUGGAGGAGACAUUGCUGUUGUUUUCACGCCCAGUGCCAAGCACUGCCAGGUGGUCUGCACCCACCAUCCGCGGUGCUUGCUCUUCACUUUUAUGGCUGAAUCUGAAGAUCCUACCAAGUGGUUUACUUGCACCCUGAAAGACAGUGUUACGGAAACACUGCCAAUGCUGAAUAUGGCGGGAGCAAUUUCUGGAUAUUCUUUCAAGCAAUGCUCACACCAAAUAAGUGCUUGCAACACAAAUGUUUAUGUAGACCUAGACAUGAAGGGCGUGAACUAUAACAGCUCUGUUAGCAAGAGUGCUCAGGAAUGUCAAGAAAGAUGCACCAAUGACAUGCACUGCCACUUUUUUACAUAUGCAACCAGGCACUUUCCAAGCGUCAAGCAUCGCAACGUUUGCCUAUUGAAGUACACCCAAACAGGGAUACCAACCAGUAUAAAGAAGCUCACUGACGUGGUGUCUGGAUUUUCACUGAAGUCCUGUGCACUUUCUAAUCUGGCUUGUAUCAGGGACAUUUUCCCUACAACAGUGUUUGCAGACAGUAACAUUGACAGUGUUAUGGCUCCGGAUGCCUUUGUCUGCCGUAGCAUUUGUACUCACCAUCCCAACUGUUUGUUUUUUACCUUCUUUUCUCAAGAGUGGCCAACAGAAUCUGAAAGAAAUCUUUGUCUGCUUAAAACAUCUAAUAGUGGAUUGCCAAGCACACGCAUUAGGAAGAACAAAGCUUUUUCUGGUUUUAGCCUACAAAACUGCCGGCACAGCAUCCCAGUGUUCUGCCAUUCUUCAUUCUACCAUGACACUGAAUUCCUGGGAGAAGAACUGGACAUUGUUGGUGAGAACGGGCAUGAAGCCUGCCAAAAAACAUGUACUAACACCAUCCGCUGCCAAUUUUUCACCUAUUCUCCAUCUCAAGAAUCUUGCAACGGAGGGAAGGGUAAAUGCUACUUAAAACUUUCUUCAAAUGGAUCGCCAACUAAAAUACUUCAUGGGAGAGGAAGCAUCUCUGGAUAUACCUUAAGGUUGUGUAAAAUGGAUAAUGCAUGUACAACCAAAAUCAAGCCCAGAAUUGUUGGAGGAACCAAGUCUGUUCUUGGGGAGUGGCCGUGGCAGAUAACUGUGCACAUCACAUCACCCACCCAGAGACACCUGUGUGGAGGCUCCAUCAUUGGAAACCAGUGGAUAUUGACAGCUGCUCAUUGUUUCAACGAGGUAGAGUCACCUAGAAUUUUGCGUGUGUAUAGUGGCAUUUUAAAUCAAUCAGAAAUAAAAGAGGAUACAUUUUUCUUUGGGGUUCAAGAAGUAAUCAUUCAUGAUCAGUUUGAAGCAGCAGAAACUGGAUAUGAUAUUGCCUUGCUGAAACUGGAAACAACCAUUAAUUACACAGAUUCUCAGCGACCCAUAUGCCUACCUUCCAAAGGAGAUAGAAACGUGAUGUACACAGAUUGCUGGGUGACCGGAUGGGGGUACACAAAAUUAAGAGACAAAAUACAAAAUACUCUUCAAAAAGCCAAGAUACCCUUGGUGACAAAUGAAGAAUGCCAGGCAGGAUACAGAAGCCACAAGAUAACCAAUAAGAUGAUCUGUGCAGGCUACAAAGAAGGAGGGAAGGAUGCUUGUAAGGGAGAUUCAGGGGGCCCCCUGUCCUGUAAACACAACGAGGUCUGGCAUCUGGUGGGCAUCACAAGUUGGGGUGAAGGCUGUGCUCAAAGGGAGCGGCCAGGUGUCUACACCAGAGUGGUUGAGUACGUGGACUGGAUUUUGGAGAAAACGCAAGAAGCCUGAGAGUGUCCCCAGAGGUCACUGGACUCCCUGAAGGGUCACCCAGAUUAUUCCCUGGAAGAGGGUUUGGAUUUCCCUGGAGAGCUGCCCCUUCAUCUUCCUCCACAGGUGACGAAUCGGAGACAGUAACAGACUAGAGGGGCUUGGCAUUGGUAAGAACACCCCUAGAGGACAUAAACAGCCAUUCUCUCAACUCCCAUCCUGUGACCUUCAGAGCCUGUUCUCAGCAUCCAGACUCUUGCAUUUUGGUUACACCAUUCCGGCACCUAAGGAGCCCUAUGGAGAUUGAAAUAUUUGAUGAUGAAAACCUAGCCAGACUCACCGGAAAAGAAUCAAGUCGUGGCACCAAGGGAUCAGGCAGAGCUGCCCCAAGAAACUACCAUCAAAAGAUUUGUUAACUGAAAAAUGGGAGCUGAGGAAACGGCAGCAAGGAUGUCAGCAUCAAAUGCCAAGAUUCCAUGCUCCACGCUCCUGAAUGCAUCUCCUUUUGACUGAAUUAGGCAGCAGGUUUUCAGAAAAGUCAAGAAUUCUUGGAGUCCCCUUCAUGGCUCAGUGGUUAAUGAACCCGACUAGGAUUCAUGAGGAUGUGGGUUCGAUCCCUGGCCUUGCUCAGUGGGUUAAGGAUCCGGCGUUGCGGUGAGCUGUGGUGUAGGUCACAGACCUGGCUUGGAUGCAAAGGAUUAAGAGUAGUAAUUUGCCUGGCACUGGUACCUUAGGGGACGAAUCUUAAAGCCAUACUUGCCUAGAAAACUAUUUGUGUGUAGAUUUCAUAUUUAUUAGGCAUAGUUUGGGAUGGAAGAGGCUGAUGAAGAUGAGGGGAGUAAGCUAAAGACUUCCUAAGACGAGCUGCCCCUGUGAGUGUGGAUUUACAUAUCUGUUUAUAGAUAAUAAAUGUAUUGAGUGGAAAUCAAUGUAAAGUCCAUCCAUACUACAGGGAAAAAUGACUUGGGGACAAACAGAUGGUGACAGUAGAGCCCUCAGCAUCUACAAAGCAGCUCCCUGAAGUACAUGUAUUUACCUGGUUGUUUCUGAUAUAGUUUAACAAUCUAGAAUGUGCAGUGUCUUCACCAGUUUUCAAUCCAUGCCAACAACUUGUGUCCAUAUUCGGUGCAAUCUUCAUAGUAUUUGUUGACAGGGAGCUGGGGGGAUACAGUGAUGAGCCAAUAAAUAUCCCCCUACCUUCACGAAGCUUCUAGUCUAGUUAGCAUGGCCAUAAAAAUAAAAUAAUUAAGUAUACUUAUAAUUAAGUAUGUCAUUUAAAUGGAAAUGAGACGGAGGCAGAGGGUUCUAGGAGAAGGAAAGGAAGGAGAGGGCUGGAGGCAAGUUCCAAGAUUGGGAUAAAAAGGAAUUGCGUCUGAGAAAGACAUAAUCAAAGCAAAAACGAACAAACAAAAGCCUCAAAACAAAAAGACUGGUAUGGCAUUAAGGUCUCAGCUACUGUCCUGUCUCAGUAAAGACUCAGGGAAACUUUGAUCCACUUUGCUGAAGAGCCCCGUCCCCAACUGGUGCUGUUCAGACCUCCUGCAUCCUCUGCAUCCGCCUCAUCCUCUAAUACUCCUGUUAUGUGCUUUCCCCAGUUCCUAUAUCAAUCUGGGUCAGAAUGGGACUUUUCCUGCUUUUGUGUGGAGAAUUUUACAACUUCUGGUUAAUGUCCCCAAAAUUAACAUUUAGAGAAUUUGCCUACUGCCCUGAGGCUCCAGUAGCAGUGACUGGUGGUCCUAUGCUGUGGUCCUUUGCUGUGGUCCCCUGCUGUGGCAGUUGUUUCCUCUCUCAGUGGCCUUUCUAAAGGUGUCCUGAAGCCACCUGCUUCCCCAGGAGGGAUACUCUGGGUGCCCCCAGGAGGUGGCACCCUAACAGCCUGCUUCCCAUGGUCCAUGAGCUCCCAACUUCCAACCCAUUUCCUUCACAUGGUUCAUAGAUGGUGCACAUUCUCAUUCACUAGAGUGGGGCCAGCUUCUCUCCUUCUGUCUUUCCCAAGGCCAUCCACAGACUGAAAAGAACUCUUCAGGACAAUUUUCCUUUUUUUUUUUAUUUUUGAUUUUUAGAGCCUCACCUGCUGCAUGUGGAAGUUCCCAGCUCGAAUCAGAGCUGCAGCUGCUGGCUUACACCACAACCACAGCCAUAUCGAAUCCUUAACCCACUGAGUGAGGCCAGGGCUUGAACCACAUCCUAAGGGAUACUAGUCGGGUUCUUAACCAGCUAAACCACAGUGGGAAUUCCCAGAGCAAUUUUUCAUUUAAGAAUGUGCAUGUACGUGAGAAAGAGAGAAAAAGAAUGAAAAGGAUUAUUUCUCAUAACCCCAACACUUAACAUUCUCAGCUUCACUGCCUCCCUGGGUCUUAAUGAUCCUUCACCUCCAGCUGCAGUUUUAAUUUCCUAGGGCUUCUACAACAAAUUGACACAAACUCAAGAGUGUUCAAACAACAGAGGUGGUAUUUCUCACACUCUGGAGGUUCGAAGCCAGAUAUCCAGGUGUCAGCAGGGCCAUGCUCCUUCCAAGGCCCCCAGGAGAGGGUCCUUCCUUGCCUCUUUCAGCUCUGGUGGCCUCAGGACUUCCUUGGUUUAUACAGCAUUGCUCUGAUUUCUGCCUCAGUCUUCACUCGGUCUUCCUGCCUGUGGCCCCCUCUUCAUAGAAGGACAGCCGUCAUAUUGGAUCAAGUGCCCACCGAACUGUAUAAAAAUAGGCACUGCACAUAGUAUAUAAAUUAUUGUCCUUAUCCAUUUAAUUCAAACUUUCCAAGAGGAGAUUACAUCCAAAGUGCCCCCAACAGCAAUAGGCACAAAACUGAUAUUCUAGAGAUAGUGCCUCUCCCCCCCCCUUUUUUUUUUUUUUGUCUUUUUGCCAUUUCUUGGGCCGCUCCCACGGCACAUGGAGGUUCCCAGGCUAGGGGUCGAAUCCGAGCUGUAACCACCUGCCUACACCAGAGCCACAGCAACGCGGGAUCCGAGCCACAUCUAAAACCUACAACAUAGCUCAUGGCAAUGCCAGAUCCUUAAUCCACUGAGCAAGGCCAGAGACCAAACCCGCAACCUCAUAGUUCCUAGUUGGAUGUGUUAACCACUGCGCCACGAUGGGAACUCCAGCCUUCCCUUUUUGACCUCGGGUAUCAGACAGUUUUAUGGCAGGUGUAGUGGUGAUGUGGUGGGAUUCCCACAUGGCAAUUUUGACUGUGGUGUCUGUGUUUGCUCUCGAAAAAACAUUUAUCUUUUAUCGACUGAGGCAGCUUCCCCACUGCACCCUACACCCCAGGGAACGUGUGCACACUUUGUAACCACAAGAGACAAGAAAGACAAGAGACUUUCAGUCACUGUGCGGUGUCCAGGCAGAAAUGUCUCUAUGCUGGGAGGAUCUGUGGCUAUAUCCAUGCUCGGACAUCAUCAGAAUAGGCAAGCAACACCCAUGCCCUUGAUUGGGAGGCAGCUUCAAAAAGAAUACAAACCCCUUGUCAUUACAUAGAAAAUAGUAUCAAACACAAAGACAGAGUUUUUCCAAUAAGUUCGGGCUGCCACGAUUUAACACCAUUAUCUGGAGUUUCCACUGUGGCUCAGUGGGUUAUGAACCUGACUUGUAUCCAUGAGGAUGUGGAUUCGAUCCCUGGCCUUGCUCUGUGGGUUAUGGAUUCGGUGUUGCUGUGAGCUGUGGCGUAGGUCACAGAUGUGGCUCAGAUCAGGUGUUGCUGUGGCUGUGGUGUAUUAUUGUUAUUAUUAUCCUCAUUAUAAGGAUGAUGAAGCAGGAAAGAGAAAUGAAGACAAAAAUUUUCUUUCCUUGGAAAUAUCUACAUCAUGGAAAAAAUCGAUAUGUGACUUAUGAAUCUCAAUGUAUUUCUCAGAUCAUCGCAUCCGUUGGUUAAGGGAAAGGUUAAUAAAGAUGUUUGCGAGUGAUAUUUUUGCAUCACAUGUAAUUCAAUGUGUUUGUCAGAUGGCAGCAGGGAGAUAGGACGAUUUUUCUGACUUUGAAAGUUAAUUUCUCUUCCUUCAGAUUCUACUCAAUAAAUGAGAACUAAAAUGAGAAA